AUGUCACAAUUAUUCAUACCGUCAUCGCCUGACAAUUCCCAACAUGACUCCCAUAAACACACUUCAAAUCUCUCCUUUGUUGCAUCAACUUCUCAAGUCGUCCAUUUGGCCGAAUCAGUUGCUGCCAUCACAUCGGUCAGCUCGCAAGCACUCAUGAUCUUGAACGAGUGUGGAAUCACUUUCUACGCCGAGUACAACCACAUUCUCAACGUUCAAUUGACAAUUGACGCGUCGCUCUUCUCUUCAUUCUCACUUUCUGACGGCCAGGAGUCGCAGAACUGUCCAAAUCGUGAGUUGAGACUAGGUGUUGAUCUUCAACUAGUAGGUGAUGCCCUAGCGGCUGCAGCAGCCACUACAUUGCCACGAGCACGGAACGGACAGAAGGGGGCAUCUAUGGCGGAAUCUGUUAUGUGCUACAUAAAAUAUUACGGCGAGGGAAGCCCACUUUUAGUCGAGUUUGAAGACAGACUAAUGAGUGAAGUUAUCGAAUUCGAUACCUUCUAUUAUGAGCAUGACUACCCCUACGAUGCCCAGCCAACUCAGAACGAACAAGCGAGUGAACUUCUCGUAAAUCAUGAGCGUGUUGCUCUCGAAAUCAUCCUCAAAAGUGAUGUUCUUGCUAAUCUUCUUGCUGAUCUUCAACAGCUCAACACUCAGGAAUUACACUUGUAUGCGUCCAACCUUCGGCCACGAGGGAAGGUGGUGGCUACCAAUCAGCUCAAUUUUCUAUCUAAAGGUGCCAUCGGAUACCUGAAACUUUCGUACCCGAAUGCAAAGACUAUGCUUGAAAAAUUGGAUACAUUCAGGCUAGCGAACGGGUCCAUGACCGAAACCAGUGACUCUGUUGUCACCAGCUUUAAUUUCCUGCCCUUCCUGAGAAUCAUCAAGGCGGUACGCUUGUCUUCGAGGUGUAAAAUGAUGAAGGAUUUGUCUGGGGUGUUUUCUGUACAAUUGCUAUGUCGAAACACUCAGGUAUCGAACUAUCCGGGAACUCUCAUCACAUUCAACAUGCUUGAGAUGGCUACAGGCACAGAUGACUUUGGCCAACUGAGGAAUACUGACAUUAAUACAUUAUUUGACGAUGAGGUGUACCAGCAAAUCAAUGAGAGUGACCCAGCAAAUGACCGUGCACUUGAUCCACAAGAAGAUGUCAUUCCACAUAUAGAAUUAUCCCAUGCUGGGCCGCUAUCAUAUGCGUCUUUCAAAAUGACUGGUGAAGCGCAAUCUGGAUCUGCAAAAGGCACGGAAGCCUCCACCAAGCGAAGAAAAGUUGACGAUCAAAUUCCAAAUCACAACCCUGACCAUAACGCCGAUCAUGACAACGACCACGAUUUCACUACCGUUGGCGGAGCUGUGGAGAUUCCACUUUUUCUAUAG